GCCAGUUGAAACUCGCUGUCUGACGUCCAGAACCGUUCAACUCUUUAUUUAUUUCUCCAUCCUACUGGUGUUUGGUGACCAUCCGGAAGAGAUCACAUUCCUUUAACAGCAGAUCAGGACAUCAGCAAACUGAAGUGCAAGGCUUCAGAAGUUCGGGACGGGUCACAGGGCAGUCUACUGAUGUCAGGCCAAAUCAGGUCUGCCAGUCAUGCGGACUGUCAGGUCACUGAGGAAUGCCAAGUUCCAGCUGACUUGGAGCUGAUGGAACUGGGUCCGCUGCUGAAGGAGAAUGGGCCCCUUGGAGCCGCAGAACUCAGAACAGAGGGAGAAAGUGGUCAUGCAGAUGAUGAAGAGGAGGAUAAUGAAGAGGGAGAGGUUUUGACCCUACCACUGCAGGCUCACCAUGCAAUGGAGAAGAUGGAGGAAUUUGUACACAAGGUCUGGGAAGGCCGCUGGAGGGUCAUUCCCUUUCACGUCCUACCAGAGUGGCUAAAAGACAAUGACUACCUGCUGCAUGGUCAUCGGCCUCCCAUGCCCUCCUUCCGUGCCUGCUUUAGGAGCAUUUUUAGAAUUCACACAGAGACUGGGAAUAUCUGGACUCAUUUGUUGGGGUUAAUCUUAUUCUUGUGCCUGGGGACACUUACCAUGCUGAGGCCAAAUAUGUACUUCAUGGCCCCCUUGCAGGAGAAGGUAGUGUUUGGCAUGUUCUUCUUGGGUGCAGUGCUGUGCCUCAGCUUCUCCUGGCUUUUUCACACUGUCUACUGCCAUUCUGAGAAAGUGUCUCGCACUUUCUCCAAACUAGACUAUUCUGGCAUUGCUUUGCUGAUCAUGGGCUCUUUUGUGCCCUGGCUUUACUACUCCUUCUACUGCUCUCCUCAGCCACGUCUCAUCUACCUCACAAUCGUCUGUGUGCUGGGCAUUGCAGCUAUCGUUGUUGCCCAGUGGGACCGCUUCUCCACGCCCCGCCACAGGCCCACCAGAGCAGGAGUUUUCAUGGGUCUUGGACUGAGUGGGAUUGUUCCCACCAUGCACUUCACCAUAGAGGAGGGUUUUGUCAAGGCCACUACAGUUGGACAGAUGGGCUGGUUCUAUUUAAUGGGCGCCAUGUACAUUACAGGUGCCGGGCUGUAUGCUGCACGAAUCCCAGAGCGCUAUUUCCCGGGCAAGUGUGAUAUUUGGUUUCAGUCACACCAGAUAUUCCAUGUGCUGGUGGUGGCAGCAGCCUUUAUUCAUUUCUAUGGGGUCUCCAACCUGCAGGAGUUUCGCUAUGGUCUUGAGGGAGGCUGCACUGAUGACACUCUUCUCUGAGGGCUCCGACCCACACACCCAGCCCUAUUUGAAUUAGGAUUUCAGUGCCCCCAUUAAUCAAAAUAAUCCUUAUUUUUUAUUCUGUUACAGCGUAUGAGCAACUUUGUUGAACAAGUAUCUUAUAGCUGGAACAUGACCCUUGUCAUCAUUGAACUUUUAAUUUGAGAACAAUCUCUUGGGUUUAACGUGUUUUUUUUUUAAGUGAAAAGCACUUUUCAAUGAGUUGUAGAAAAGACUCCUCAUAACAUAAUGCAUCAAAGUGGUGUUUUUCGAAUUACAGGAGGAAAUUAUCUUUUCUUGACACCAUUUGAUGCACACCUGAAUUAUUGCUCGAAUUUCACUGAUAGAACAAUAUCUUGGUAAUUGUUUUUAUUCAUACUGACUGGAAAAUGCACAAAGGGCAAAUAAGGGGUUUAAGGGUUUCCGGCUAAAUCUACAUGCUUUGAACAUAUUCACAAUUUUUUACUUCCAGAUCAAAUGAAAAUAUACACAGGUCAACUGUUACACCUUACAGCACAGUCUAUUAACAAUACAUUUUACUGUAAAGUAUAUAAGUAUUCCUGUGCCUUAGGCCACUGGAAAUAGGUUAUAUAUAUAUGGGCCAAAACUACAGUGUAGUCAAUUUCAUAAAUUGCAAAUAGCUAGUGAUUUUCCUUUGCAAGCAAUCCAUUCAAUUUAAAAAGGUUAAAAAACGAAAUAACAUGUUUGACCUUUAUUGAGGAACUUUCUGAGACUGCUGUUUGUAAAAAGUAGUGUUUUAUCCUUUUUAAAUAAGCUAACUGUGUGGCUUUACCACAAAGAAUAAACAAUCCAUAUAUACAUGUGUUAUGUGUAGAGGUGGUAAAUCAUUUACAUUUAAAUAAAAUGUGAAAUGUUCAAUAAAUAUUUA